AUGGCAACUGUCCCCUGUGCAUCUGGGAAUAGCUGUCAAGUUGAUGGUUAUCAUCCACCUCUGAUAAGUGGUCUUCCAGACGACAUUGCUCUGCUUUGCUUGGCUCGGAUUCCUAGAAGAUACCACAAUAUCCUUAGAUGUGUUUCAAAGAGAUGGAAAUCAUUACUUGCAAAUGAAGAAUUUCAAAGUUGCCGCCAAAAACAUUAUCUGCAGGAAAGUUGGGUUUAUGCAAUAUGUAGAGACAACAAUGGAAGAACCAGUUAUUAUGUUUUUGAUCCAAAUUCAACCAGACGAUGUUGGACAUGUCUCCAAGGUGUGCCACCUCAAUGCUUGAAAAGAGAGGGCAUGUCUUUUGAAACCACAGGCACCAAAUUGUUCGUUUUGGGUGGCUGCAGUUGGCAUGAAGAUGCUACAGAUGAUGUAUAUUUUUAUGAUGCUUCUACAAAUGCUUGGGGAAAGGCUACCUCAAUGCCUACUGCCAGGUACGUUUAUUUAAUUUAUUCCUUAUUGAGUAAUUUAAAUACUAAUGUAUUUUUACAGUCCUGUAAGAUUUUAUUGAAAAUUUUUAUGGUGUAACCUUGCUUUGUUUAAGUCAACUAUGUUAAAAAAAGGUACUGCAAUAAAUGGUUGAGAUGGGCAGAGAGCGAGAGAGAGAGAGAGAGAGAGAGAGAGAGAGAGAGAGAGAGAGUUGAGCUAUGCUAAAAACUUGGAUGAUUUUUUAAAUUGUUAGACAUAUCGUGCUGCGUUAUGACCAUCCUGACCUGUCUUUCUCAGGAUGGAUGAAUGAUCUCUUCUCUUAAUGGGUAGUGUUUAGAAGAACUCAACUGCAAGACACAACCCCGUCGUUAGUGCGACUUAUCUAGUAGGGAUGUGGUCCAUUUGGAGGAAGAGAACUGGUAGACAUGUAAGGGAUGCUAAAAGGUGCUAGUCUGGUUAACCAAAAUAGAAAAGUUUGAGACCUUGUUCUUGAGAGCUUGAUAAAAGAAGGGUUUUAGGAAAAGCUUCAUACAAAAGGGGCUUCAGCGAGAGCUAGUUCCUGGAUGUGUUCCUACUGCGACCUGGAGUUGUAAUUUCCAAGUCCCUUAUUUGACCUGCUGGGGUUCCUUUUGUUUUCUUUAAUUCGUUUUUUCCCUUUUACGUCCUGUUGGAAGUUAAAAUAUCCACCUCUGAGAGAAAAAUGAUGAAGGGAAUGUCUCUUAAGGAACUAAUCCUUGUAAAUAAUGGAAUUGUAAAAGUCAUAGAUCUGAGAGAACUUUUAAUCGCCAAUGUCUCAACAGAUCUUUUCUUGUCGUAAUUUUUUAACUAUUUGGUAAGGAAAGUAUUUUCCUUGUCACCACGGCUAUGCUGCAUUACUUUCUAUGGUCUUAAAUAUUAAUCUAUCAAGAGUAAUUUCUAUCUUUUUUUUGUCGUCGUGAUUGCUGAGUAUUUUCCUCUCAAUGAUAUGAACUUUCUCUCGAUCACCUUCUAAAUUAAGAAGCAAAUGACUACCCAUGGAAUUUAUGAAAAAAACAUCACACAUGUUUUUGCAAAAAAAAAAUUGUACUCAAACCGCUCAGAUAAAUGUUUUUUUACUUCCCAAUCUGUCAAGAUAGAAUCAAAUUCCUAUAUUCGAAACGCUUUCAUGUCGGCCUUCCUCAAAUAAACGUUUUUUUGUUUGUAAAUUAUCAACAAUUAUAGCAAGAAAAAUUUGCAAGGAGAACUUAUACUGGCUUGAAAUAAAAUUCCGAAUCUCAAUCUUGCUCCAUUUUGGAAGCUACAGUUCGAGAUUCUCACGUACGAUUUUCUGGCCACUGCUUUCUGAUAUCACAGAUGAUUAAUGACAUUGCAAUCACUCAAAUUUAUUAUGGAAAUUCAGUUACACUUUUGCCCUUGUACGAUUAUUCGCUCAGAUUGCUUUUUAUUUAUCAUCAUAUUGGGUUUUAAUUUACACCUAAUACGAUAAGGGAUGAUUUAACUAAAAUAUCACUAUGAAUAAAAAAUCAUAUUGGGCGGUUCCAGUCUCUUAUUGAUUCAUUAUCUUCAUAGAAAUAUUUUUUUUAAAGUAUUUGACUCUCUCUCUCUCAGGUGCUACUUUUUAUCAGCAGUCCUGGGCAACAAGCUCUACGUUGCCAAUGGGGCAGGAAUGAGUUCAACACCGUGGCAAACAUGGGAAAUGUACGAUUCACAUUCAGAUUUCUGGACCAAGAGCCAGGAUCGUUUGCCCACUGACAUCCAGAAGCUCAUCCCAAUGAAUGGAAAGGUCCACACCAUCCACGAGCUAUCCCUCAAUGUGUUCCACAGAGGCAUGUUGGGCCCACCACUCGGUGAUGAUGGGGAUGGUGUGGCCCCUAAUUUCUCAUUGUGUUGCCACAGCCCCACUGUCCUUGUUGGCAGGGACCUGUACAUGCUGGACCAGUCAUCGGGUGCAAAGCUGAUGUUGUGGCAGCAGGGAACCCAGGAGUGGACCACUGUGGGUAGGCUCUCACCGUGGCUGGUCAAACCGCCAUGUCAGCUUACAGCCUAUGGCAGGACCAUUGUUAUUGUGGGGAAAGGGCUGAGCACCACUGCCAUCGACGUGGACAGGGCGGCAAGGGUACAAGGGAUGACGGUCAGCUCUUAUUCUCUCCCUGAACUGGACCCCAAUCUCUCCGUAAUCAGUUGUAAGACCAUAACUCUCUGA